AUGAUCGAGGUUGUCGGCAACGACCGGCUGGGGGCGGCCCGCGGGGAGGGCCCCGGGGUGGUGGGAGUCUGGGACCCCGCCCCCGGGCAAGGCGACCAUAAACGUCUCGCUCCUUCGGGAGGGGUUCUGGCCCAGCCACUCCUGCUCUCUCCGGGGGCUUGUUCCGUGGGUGUGAAUGUAGUUUCCUUAACCCAGUCACUCAGCACUGAGGACACGAUUGGCGACCUAAAGAAACUCAUUGCAGCGCAAACUGGCACCCGGUGGGACAAAAUCGUGCUGAAGAAAUGGUACACAAUCUUCAAAGACCAUGUGUCACUGGGAGACUAUGAAAUCCAUGAUGGCAUGAACCUGGAGUUAUAUUAUCAGUAGUCUUGAGUCUAGCUGCAGUUACAAAUGGCAGGCAUCACUUUUCUACAUUUUUUUUUCUGCUAUAAAACUUGUCUAUAAACUUUAUUUCAUGUAAGGUAAAAAUUAGAAGCUCAAGUUGUGCAUUCAGUUUUAUCAGAUAUCUUCAGUUUUGAUGGCUAUAAAAGUGGCUGCAAACUUGUAAGAAGGCUGUUUUAUUUUUAAAAAAUGUUUGCAAUAAAAGUUUCCUGAUAACUUU